AUGCCACUGGUCACUUUUACAGGUAUCAACCAUCACUUCAAAACUUGCUUAUUCGGGAGUGCACUGUUGCCCAAUGAGACUGACGAAACCUAUAUUUGGGCGUUGAAGAUAGUGAAGGAAAUACGUUGCUCGAAGAACCCAAAGUUCCUACACACUCUGCCAGAACCAAGUACAUUGGGGGAUGACAGCAGUUUCAACAUUAGGUACGGGUCGCUACAGUUCAUGGCUCAACGAUUCUGCUUAUUAGGAGCAGACACUCCUCUCUUUUAUCGAAUAGCUCAAGAUGAGUUGACAGCAGCGUGUAACAAGUUGGAGAUGGUAAAGAAAACCCCCGCCGAGAGAGAAAGGAUUGUCAUACCAGACAAGUUCAAAGAUGUAUUGAACCCAAAUCAAGUGAGGUUUAAGGGUUGUAGGAAAGGAAAAGGGAAAAAACCACUUAAGAAAAAAAGAAGAAAGUGUGGGAACUGCGGGCUAAGGGAUGGGCAUUAUAGGAGCACUUGUACUAACCCCCCAGCCGACGUGGUAGAAUCUCAAUCUGAUGAGGAGGAUUACGACGAUGACAUGGACGAUGAUGGGGACGAUGAUGGGGACGACGGAGAAGAUGGAGACGACGAUGAUGGAGAUGAUGACCAAGGUGGUCAGCCCCAAAAGAAGCAACAAACGAGCAGGCAUAAUACUACUGGAGAGCCCAUAGGAAAAAGUCAGCCACAACAGAAGAUCGGGGCACGUACUAGGAGAAAUACUAGUCAACAAGAGAAGGGAGCAGAGAAGGGAGCUAAGAAGCAUACAGGACAUAGUGCUGGGAGUACUAGUCGGCAUGAUGAUCGUCCAGGCGAUGAACAUGAACUAGUACUUUUCCAAUCACACUAA